CCACUGCCUGACAGGCCGGAGAGACUGUCGCGGGCGGCGGGUCUUCUCAGUCUUCGCUUCGCCGCCGCCGGCCCGGGGAUGGAACCGGAAGCGGGAGCCGCGUCGCCGGCCAGGCGGAAGCGCCUGAGGUUGCACUUGAUAACCUGGAAUGUGGGCACAGCUUCUCCACCUCCUGAUGUUACCUCUUUACUUCAGCUCAGCUUGCAAGGCCUGGCUGUGGAUAUAUACGUUGUUGGUUUACAGGAAGUGAACUCCAAGAUUGUGAAUUUCCUGUCUGACAUGGCUUUUGAUGAUCCCUGGAGUAUUUUCUUCGAAAGGAUUCUGUCUCCUUUGAGCUACAUCAAGGUCUCUUCUAUCCGAAUGCAAGGCCUCCUCCUCCUGAUCUUUGCAAAGCAUGCCCAUAUCCCCUUCAUAAGGGAAAUUCAAAGCCAGUUUACUCGCACAGGCCUGUACAGAUAUUGGGGAAAUAAGGGGGCGGUCUCCACUCGUAUGUCUCUUUACGGGCACAUGGUCUGUUUUGUGAACUGCCACUUGCCGGCACACAUGGAGAAUGCAGAGCAACGGCUGGAUGACUUUGAGCACAUUCUGGAAAUGCAGCAGUUCGAAGGCGAGACGGUCCCUGGCGUCCUGGAUCAUGACUUUCCCCCUGUUCUUUCAAUCUCCUCCCAAUCCCGCAGCAUUCUCUUCUGGUUUGGCGAUUUAAACUUCCGGAUCGAAGACUACGGCUUGCAUUUCAUCCGAGAGUCCAUAAACAAGAACAGAUUUAGUCUCCUUUGGGAAAAAGAUCAGCUAAAUAUGGCCAAGAAGAAAGAGGGCUUCCUUCAGGAAUUCAGAGAGGGGCCUCUGCAGUUCAAACCCACCUACAAGUUUGACCUCUACUCCAAUGAAUAUGACACCAGGGUGCAGAAGACACUGAUUUGGUUUCACGGGAAGAAGCGGAAGCCCGCUUGGACAGAUCGGAUUUUGUGGCGAGUGAAGAGCCUCUUGCCUCGCUCUUCGGAAGCAGAGGAGGAGCCGGAAGAGCAGCCUGUUUCUGUGUCUCUGAACAGCUAUGCCAGCCACAUGGGCUACAGCAUCAGCGAUCACAAGCCCGUGUCCGGGACCUUUGAGCUGGAGCUGAAACCCCUGGUGUCCAUCCCGUUGGUCACCCUGCAUCCCGUGGGCAGCUGGAGCUCUGGACAAGAUGUGACUGUGAGCUACUCUGCUCUUCCUGAACUUCCGCACAGUGCCUGGGACUGGAUUGGCCUGUACAAGGUGACAUUCAGGCAUGCAAAUGACUAUGCGGCCUACGCCUGGGUGCAGGACAAUGAAAUUUCCUCUGGGGAGGAUGCAAAGCAGGUUUAUCUCAGCACCGAGGGGCUCACCACAGACGGAGAAGAGUUCCUCCUGGGGUAUUACAGCCACACCAUGCAGUCUAUCGUUGGCCUUAGCCCACACUUCCAGAUUCAGCCAAGCAGAAUGGUGGCCGAGAAGGACCUGGCGUGGGACGGAGAAGCUUUGCCUUGUGGAUCCAGUGAAUGAGCGUCGGAGCGUGCAUGCGCGGCCGCAACGCAGGGAUGAAAGGCCCCGAGGUUCUGGGUGGAAGAAGUGACGGAACACACCGAGGGGGCCUCCUCAUGAGUUAGGGCGGUUGGGCGCAUUGUUUCUUUGGCCAUUUCAAUCACUGUCGCCAGUGGGUACUCAUGCCCUACGCUCGAAAAUCAACGGCUGGAAAAUCUUGACUAUUCCAUGGAUUGCUAGCCUCCAUCCCCCUUUCAAUGGCUAACCAGGGCAGAAGCGCCUGCUGCUUCUCUCUUUUUCCAGAGACCGUUGUUAGGACUAAGAUAAUUCCUUGAGCUAUAGUUAGUCAGUGCAGCAUAGCUGGGAUGUAUUGGUUGGGAGGAGCCAAGUGAUCAUGAGACAGCCGACAGGAGGAAGGAAGCAGGGCGAGCCUGUGGCUUGCGCGGUGGUUUUCUUGUGGCUUUUCCUGUCGCCUUCUCUCUGCCUCAUACGCCUGUGCCUUUAGUCCUCACCUGGAUUUUAGUGCUUGAAAUGCUGACAGCAGAGGUCCAUUCAACAAAAUGACCUUUGCUUUUGAGAGGUUUUGAUGGUCUUGUUUCAUCGUUAGCUGGCAGCCUUGCAGGGUCUAAUUGCCUCCACAGAUUUUCUUCAAGCUCCAUCAUUUUGGGAUGAGUUAAGGCUUCCCAGGAGCUGUGCAAGAACCCAGAAGACCCAGGCUCUCAAACCUGAUAGCGGGGGCUCGUAGUCAACCCCUAAUCUGGACAGGACCUGCAUCUUUGCCAAUGUUUGAUCCUGGGAGAAUGUUCUAGAGGUUAGCCAAUGGAGCGAUGUGAGUUCUUUCGCCACAGCUUUGUGUGGAUUCUGGUUCUAUCUAGACAGUGUUGCUGGCACCAAAGCUCCCAGGGAAUGGUGAUCUAACUGACGCUGUCAUACUGACAUCUUCGCAUUGUCACUCUAAUAGACCGGGCGCUCUGUCCCUCAGGCGCGUCAGUUACCUGGACCCAGUUAACGCAGGCUGUUUUUACAAGCAACUGACACAGAAAAUUGGUGUGGCGUUUAUGUGGCUUAUUACUUUCCUUGGCAGCUUCUGUAGGAAUUUCCUCCACUUUGCACAGACUCCAUCUUGCUUGUAGGAAUUGGGCUCUCGUGGGUCUCUUGUGCUGAAGUCAUUUGAGGCAGGCGCAGUGAUAAGGACUGCAGAUACAUCUGGUAUAGGAGAGCUGGCUGUGAUUAAAAGAUUUAGGAAGAGAGGUGGGGACCCAAAUUGAGGACAUUUGGGUGAAGAACAAAGAUCAUUAUUAAAAUGCACAAUUAAAAUGCAUUAUUAAACUCACGCUAGAGGGGGUAUGCCUUCACUGUGCCCUCUACGCUGCUAACAUGCCAGCGCUUACAGUUAUUUUAGUCUAGAUGUUCUUGUUGCAUCACAAUAGGACUCUUUCCAGUGUCUGGAGUAGGGUGAGGACAUUCCUUUUUUCUUUCCCAUCCCAGCUGGUGCUUCUGGGAGUGGGGGGGGGGCAGGAUCUUCUCUCUGCCAUUGUACAUUUAGAAGGCUUUUAAAUAGGGACAGUUUCUAGUAUGGCUGAAUUAUCAGCUAAGCUUUAUUCACUGCCCAAAGGAUUUUAAAGUAGCGCGUACCCAGCUUUAAAUGUAAAUUGUCUCUAGCUGAUACAAAGUUGGGGUUUUUUUUAAUGUUAACUGUCUAGGAAGGAAGUCUGGCUGGCACCAACAGAGCAUCUCUGAUGUAUUGUCGAAGGCUUUCACGGCCAGAAUCACUAGGGUGUUGUGGGUUUUCUAGGUUGUAUGGCCAUGUUCCAGUAGCAUUUUCUCCUGACG